UUUUGUAUUUUUAGUAAAGUUUUGGAUGAUCAUAACAAAACUUAAAACUAAAAAUAUAUUAAGAAAUAUAUAUAGGGCUCCUAUUGUAUAGCUGAACUGUCUGUAUAAAAGUUAAGAUUUUCAAUAAUGCGAAGAAACUGGCGAGGACGGGGUUACUCUAACAAUUGGUACCGUCCUCGCAAGAAACCAACAGAAAACAGUGAAAGUGGUAGUGUGAACAAUUCUUCAGUUUCAGCUAGAUUAUCUAGCACUGCCGGCUCAUCGAGGGCUCCAGCAAAUCAAGCUCCCAUUAUCAUUCCUGUUACUAAAACAAAUAAUGCCUGGAAGCUGUAUCUACCAUCUGAAGAAUAUCCUCCAGAUGCUACAAAACAGGAGCAAAUUAAGUAUUUCAAAGCUUUUGUCGAGAAAAACAGAAGCAUAUUUGAUUUGGAAAAGAUAGACCAAACAAGAAGUGUUCCACUUGAUAUUCAAAGCCUUUUGAAUGAUGAAGAUUUUAUGAAAUGCUGGUCUACAUUCAACACAGACUUAUUUGAAAGGCCAGACAUUACAUUGAGAUUAUUAGAGUUGUCUUUACAUGAGAGCCUCAAAUGUGAAUCGAAAAUAAAAGUAAGGAUAUUGAACCAUAAGCCAGUCAUACCUCUUGCUAGUCUAAAAGUAAACUACUUUGGUAAACUUGUAACAAUAAAAGGCACAGUCAUAAGAGUUGGCAGUGUUGGUCUAAUUUGCACUUCAAUGGCUUUCAAAUGCUCCAGUUGUAAGGGCAUCCAAGCUAUUGUGCAACCACAAGGGGUUUUUACAGCUCCAAGUUUCUGCCAGAGUUGUCAAAGCGGCGCCAAGUUUGAGCCCCUGCAGUCCUCACCCUUCACUAACACCACAGAUUGGCAAUCUGCCAAGAUACAGGAAAUACAGUCUCAGAGUGCUUCAGGAUCAAUGCCCAGGAGUGUUGAGAUAGAGUUACAAGGUGAUCUGGUGGGCGCUGCAUGUCCUGGAGAUGUCUUGUCAGUCACAGGAAUUGUGCAGGUUCGUGGUGAGAGCAAAGGAGGGGAGGACGGCAAGAGAGCUGCAAGGCUGCUGCAGUUGUACAUUGAGGCUGUCUCCAUCCACAGCCAAAGGAACCUCACCAACCCCACGCUUUCCUUCACCAUUAAGGAUUAUUAUGCUAUUCAGGAAAUCCACGCAUCCCCGGACGUAUUCCGCCUUCUCGUCCACUCUCUCUGCCCGGCUAUCUUCGGCCACGAGGCGGUGAAGGCCGGGCUACUACUCGCUAUGCUGGGAGGGGCGGGGGGCGGGGCGGGGGACGAGGGGGGCACGCGCUCGCAGCCUCAUGUGCUGGUGGUGGGUGACCCCGGACUUGGCAAGUCGAGGUUGUUGCAGGCUGCUGCUCAGGCUGCUCCUAGAGGGGUAUACGUGUGCGGCGCGUCGGCCUCAGCGGGCGGGCUGACGGUGUCACUAGGGCGGGAGGCGGGCGGCGACUUCGCGCUGGAGGCCGGCGCACUGGUGCUGGCUGACCAGGGCGUGUGCUGUGUCGAUGAGCUGGAUAAGAUGGUGUCCCACCACAGCAGCCUACUCGAAGCGAUGGAGCAGCGUCGCGUGAGCGUGGCGAAGGGCGGCGUGGUGUGCAGCCUGGCUGCCCGCGCCACACUACUGGCCGCCGCCAACCCGCGCCACGGCACGUACCAGAGAUCCAAAACUGUUGCUGAAAAUCUGAAGAUGAGCUCCGCAUUGUUGUCUAGAUUUGAUUUGGUGUUCAUUCUGCUGGAUCAACCUGAUGAGAAAAUGGACGCGAUGUUGUCCGAGCACGUGCUAGCCCUACAUUCCGGCAACAAAGGGAAGAAGGCCGAGGGCACCUCCUUGAAUGACUCCAUCAACACGAGCCAGACCAACGCCCGUGACAUGUCGUUGAGCAAAAGACUCCGUUUAAAGCCUGGCGAAGUCAUAGACCACCUGCCAGUGGUCCUACUCCGUAAAUACAUAGCGUACGCCCAACGCUACGUGCACCCGAAGCUCAGUAACGAAGCGGCGAAUGCCCUCCAGAACUUUUACUUGGAGCUGAGACACAACUACCAGGAUGGCACGCAGGAUGGUACGCCAAUCACGACGAGGCAGUUGGAAGCGUGCGUCCGGUUGACUCAGGCGCGAGCUCGAGCGGAGUUACGCGAGGAGGCGACAGUUAGCGACGCCAAUGACGUCAUCAGCCUCAUGAAGCACAGCCUCAUCGACACCUUCAGCGACGAGUUCGGAAACAUACAGCUGUCUCGCUCUAUCAACGGCUCCGGGGUCAGCUCCAGAAAUAAACUCAAAAAAUUCCUCGAUGCAUUGACGAGGCGGGCACACCAACUUGGCAAGGACGUGUUCACAAGACAAGAGUUGAUACAAAUACACAAAGCAGCUGGUGUGCAGGGCGAUCCAAACGAUUUGAUCGAAGCCAUGCACAUACACUCCUAUUUAUUACUGAAGGGAUCCAACACCUACCAACUUAUAGCUAUGUAGGCAAUUAAUUUAUUGUUAUGUUACAUUUGUUUGUUUUUAAAUAAAAUUGUUAAUGAUU